CAUCUGGAUGAAAUAAUAAACAUCGUUAUUCGUUGAUUUAUCUUUACAUUUAAUUCUCGGACUUUUAUUUUUUGUAGUAUAUUCACUUUACAGUUAUUUAAACCAGUUGGUUUUGACUGAGCUAUACUUUUCACUUUCAAAAUUAUUAAAUAUUACUGUUUGAAUAUCAGGUGAUCCCAGCAGAGGAUCACAAACUAAAUCUGGGCCUGAUAAAAGCAUUCUUAGAAACAAUGAGUAAACUAAUACCUUCAGCCGCAAAAAUUUUUACAGGAGGUCCACUUACGAAAACAGCCGCUCCAGUUGUUGUUAAAACAAACACAAAUUAUAGUACAAAAUCUGAAUCGAAGUUUGACAUAAAGCCUUAUAAACUCCAUAAGUUGGAAAAAGGUCCAGCUCUGUCUGCAACACUUACGGCUGAGGAUGCAGUUCAUCUAUAUGAGAAGUUGGCUGUCUUGCGGAGAAUCGAGACAGCUUCAGGAAAUCUAUACAAAGAGAAGAUUAUCAGGGGUUUCUGUCAUUUAUAUUCAGGCCAGGAGGCCGUGGCCGUGGGCAUGCGCGCGGCCAUGCGCGAGGUGGACUCGGUGAUCACGGCCUACCGCUGCCACGGCUGGACGCACCUCAUGGGCGUGAGCGUGGCCGGAGUGCUCGCCGAGCUCACGGGGCGCCGCGCGGGCUGCUCGCGGGGCAAGGGGGGCUCCAUGCACCUGUACGGGAGGAACUUCUACGGCGGGAACGGCAUCGUGGGCGCGCAGGUGCCGCUGGGCGCAGGGCUGGCCUUCGCCCACAAGUACCGCGGCGACGGCGGCGUGGCCUUCGCUCUGUACGGGGACGGAGCGGCCAACCAGGGCCAGCUGUACGAGGCCUACAACAUGGCCAAGUUGUGGGACCUGCCCUGCGUGUUCGUGUGCGAGAACAACGGAUACGGCAUGGGCACGAGCGUGGACCGGUCGUCGGCCAGCACGGAGUACUUCUCCCGCGGAGACUACAUCCCCGGCCUGUGGGUGGACGGCAUGGACGUGGUGGCCACCCGGGAGGCCACCAGGUUCGCCAUCGAGCACUGCACGGCGGGCAAGGGUCCGUUGGUUAUGGAGAUGGAAACAUACAGAUAUUCUGGUCACUCGAUGUCCGACCCGGGGACCUCGUACCGCACGCGCGACGAGGUGCAGGAGGUCCGGCAGACGCGGGACCCCAUCACCUCCUUCAAGGAGAAGAUCCUCGCCAGCGAACUGGUCACUCCGGACCAACUGAAGGAGAUCGACGCGAAGGUCCGCAAAGAGGUCGAUGAAGCGACGAAGCUGGCCAAGAGCGAGCCGGAGGUGGGCGUCGAGGAGCUGGCGGGAGACAUCUACUACCGGUGCCUGGAGGCCGACGUGAGGGGCGUGUCCCCGGCCGCAGGCCUGACGCACCUGGAGGUGGCGCCGCGCCAGUAGCAGGGGGCUGGUGAACGAUGUCCCGGUUUAAGAGUUUAUCAACUGUGUAUUAAGAGUUUUAAUACGGAGGGUUGUGACCUUAACAUCAUUUUUCAUUUAUUACGCCAGUUCUAAAGCAGAACUAUUUUUUCAAUCUGGUAUUUUCCGUUUCCUCAAAGCGUCAGACAUUGACCAUGUUCGAGAAUUUCUUUGCUUCGCGACCGAGUUCUAUCCGUAAUUAAUAUAUUGCGAGCUUUUGUGAGCAAUUGGAUAUUUACCUGAAAGAAUAGUACGCUGAGGUCAAAUGAUUUAUUAUGAGCUGCUGUUGUUGGAGCAGGUUCUGUGUCAAUCAUUCAUCUUGAUUUAAAUUUUAUAGAUCUUCAAUAAACGUAUUGUUUUUUUAUUUAGUUAUUUAAUUUUAAUGAUUUAAAUGUAUAUAUUUCCACUAUGUACAGAUCUUUGAAUGUUUUGCGGUAAAAUAUAAAAUUUAAAGUUAAACUUAAUAUUAUCAUCAAUUAGGUUUUUUUGUAUUAUAAAAUCAUUUUUAUUUUUCAAUUUAAGUGUAUCUGCCAUCAAACAUGAUUGUAUAAAUGAUUAUUAUUCACACGUUUAGUUUUAUUUAAGGGACUAUUUAUUUUAAAUAAAUUGUUAAAUGUAA